AUGGGCGGAUCGGACUCAUUUGGUUCUCGUCUUCAUACUCACCGCUCAGCUCAAGGCUCCAAACAAUUCACCGUGCAUUGUCCUGAAAACCUUUUUUAUUAUGUGUUUCACCAGGAACCAGGGUUUGAAUACCAGGUGGCCCAACGAAAGUAUAAAUGCACAUAUAAAGGACAAGAUGGGUACCAAAGAAUUGGGUAUAUCUUCACGCAUCCUGCUUGGGGUGAAAAAACAACAAAGACAGGAAGUGAGGUUAGAGUAAUGACUGAAAAAAAAGAUCUUGAAACACAACAAAUGCUGAAACUGAGCUUGUCUUUCUUUGGAAAGAGCGAACGACUAAUGAAGAACAUAAUGAGGAAGUUUAUACUUGGACAUAUGGGGUUUUAA